AUGGAUGCAGCAAUAGACCUUUCGGAUGCCUCAAAGGCUUUGGACCUCUCGAACAUCCGUUUCCAGCUCAUUCGAUUGGAGGACACCAUCACUUUUCACCUCAUUGAGCGAGUUCAAUUUCCCCUAAACGGCACCAUUUACAAGCCUGGAGCUCUCAAGAUACCCAACAGCAACCUCAGCUUUCUUGAUUGGACACUACGUGAGCGGGAGAAGCUUGAUUCUCUAAUUCGACGCUUCCAAUCCCCAGACGAAUAUCCUUUCUUCCCCGACGCCCUGCAAUCCCCCAUUCUUCAGCCUCUUCACUAUCCAAAAAUCCUCCACAAGAACGAUGUUAAUGUCAACCAAAAGAUCAAAGAUCACUACAUAAAGAACUUCCUCCCAGCAGCAUGUGCAGACUUUGGUCGAAAAGACAGGGGCGAGACGGAGGAGAACUAUGGAUCGGCAGCAACCGCCGACAUCUUGUGCUUACAGGCGCUCUCAAGGAGAAUCCACUUUGGCAAGUUUGUUGCAGAGUCAAAGUUUCAGGCGGAGCCAGAGAGAUUCACAAAGUUGAUACAGGCAGAGGAUCGGGAGGGGAUCGGGGCAGCGAUUACAAAUGAAGCUGUUGAGAAGAAAGUGUUGGAGCGAUUACGGUUGAAGGCAAGGACUUAUGGGACGGACCCUAGUACAGGUGCUGAAGGGCCAAACAAAAUCAACGUAGAUCAAGUGGUCGCAAUGUAUGCUGACUUUGUGAUUCCACUUACGAAGGAAGUCGAGGUCGAGUAUUUGAUGCAGAGACUGAUACCAGAAUAA